ACAGUACACACGCUGCCGUGCACGUGUCGUAAAAUUCUCGAAUCGACUCUCGCGUUCUCGACAAAGUUUGUGGCUUUUUUUUUGUUUUUGUGAAAAAGUUUAUUGUGUUUUGCAUUGAAAAAGAUGUCCGGAUCCGAUAGCGGCGACGAGCGUCAGCUCGAUAACAUUCACGACGACGACGACGAAGAUCCGUGCACGUUCGCGGAUCUGGGCUUGAUCGAAGUUCUGUGUAAAAAAGCCGAAGAGAUGAAUUGGCCCAAACCCACGAAAAUCCAGAGAGAAGCCAUUCCGCACGCAUUGAAGGGUAGCGACAUCAUCGCCUUGGCUGAGACUGGUUCGGGUAAGACUGCGGCCUUCGCUCUGCCAAUAUUGCAAGCUCUGCUGAACAGACCUCACUCGUUCUAUGCAUUGAUCUUGACACCGACAAGAGAGCUGGCUGAUCAGAUCAGACAGCAGUUCGAGGCUCUGGGAACGAGUCUCGGUGUCACUUGUGCAGUCAUCGUGGGUGGCGUGGACAUGACCCAGCAAGCGAUCACUCUUGCCAAGAAGCCACACAUCAUCAUUGCCACUCCUGGCAGGCUCGUAGAUCACUUGGAAAAUACAAAAGGGUUCAACUUGAGGGCUCUGAAGUUCUUGGUGAUGGACGAAGCUGACAGAAUAUUGAACAUGGACUUUGAAGAUGAAUUGAACAAAAUUUUGAGUAUCAUACCAAAAGAGCGUAAGACUUUGUUGUUCUCUGCUACAAUGACCAAAAAAGUAGCUAAGUUACAACGAGCUUCAUUGAGAAAUCCAGUCAAGGUUGAAGUUUCAACUAAGUAUCAGACUGUGAAAUUAUUGAAACAAUACUAUAAAUUUAUUCCCAUGAAAUUGAAGGAUACGUAUUUGAUCAAUUGUUUGGAAACAUUAUCUGGACAGAGUUUCAUUAUUUUCUGCUCCACUGCCAGCAAUACCAUGCGCACAGCUUUACUACUUCGUCAGCUAGGAUACUUAGCUGUACCAUUACAUGGGAAAAUGUCACAAGUUAAAAGAUUUGCUUCGCUGGAAAAAUUCAAAGCCAAAAGUCGAUCGGUUUUAGUAUGUACAGAUGUUGCGAGUAGAGGUUUGGAUAUCCCUCACGUUGACGUGGUAAUCAAUUUUGACAUUCCUACCCACAGUAAAGAUUACAUUCAUAGAGUAGGAAGAACAGCUCGUGCUGGACGAGCUGGUGUAUCAAUUACUUUUGUUACACAAUAUGAUAUUGAACUUUACCAACGAAUUGAACAUUUAAUUGGAAAAAAAUUGCCUCUUUUUGAAACUGAUGAAAGUGGAAUAGAUGAUCUCUCAAAUAGAGUUGCUGAAGCUGCGAGGUCGGCUAAACUUGAAAUGAAGAAGCUCGAAGAAAAGAACGAUAAAAGGAAGAGAAAGAGUGACGAUGAAGAUGAUGAUACCGAACAGUCAAAGGGAUACCAAAAACGAAUGAAGAAAGGCGGAAAGAAGAAAGCCAGACAUUGAGCUCGU